CGCUUAUAACCCUGUUGCUACGAGAGUUUUGUUUAUUUUCUGCGGCACGGCAGUGUUUUAUUCUCGGCUCUCGCGCAGAGAUAUUUUUCGACAGCGAGAUCUUGUCUGAGUAGAAACUGCGGAUUUCCUUCAGAGACAGAAAACCAUCACUGAGAGUGGACCUUAGCUGUGUUUCGUGCUUCUUCUCUUUUAAUCAUGUCGGAGCAGAGACCUUUUCUCCCCCCUUCCUUUAGUGACACAGGCCUUGACCUGAAUACUCGCUACCAGCUCGCACACCUUACUGCAGAUCUGUCACUUCUGAUUGAGGUCCUAAAAGCUGAGCCAGGUGUUUCUGGGUUCCCUCCGCCCCUGAGAUAUAGAAUUUUUCCGGUUAAGGCAUUUGCGGAUGCUUCUACUCAGACAGAGUUAUGUUUGACGUUUGUCUCUAAAGACUUACCUGCCCCCUAUGAAAAUGAUGUCAUUACGUACUCUGACCUUUUACCUUCUAUGCCGAGCAGUCCUGACUUCUCCUCUGAUCAAUCUCGUUACACUCGAACGCUAUCUCCGACCAAUUAUUCUCCCAGCAGUCCCCACAGCCCCCAUUAUUUUCAUUAAAGUUUGAUUGAUUACAGAUGUUUCCCUCCUGUUUUAUUUCUUUCAUAAAUUUUAUCCAACAAACUGGAAAAGGAUUUGAGAUACUUCCUACGGUCUAUAAUAGUCGAUAAAAAGAAUUAAAAUGUUUUAUAUUACUUCUACGUUAUUUACGACCGUUUUAAGUGUUACUCAGAAGCGACCAUGGGACUGAUUUCUGUGGCAUGGGUCUGGUCAUGAGUCACAGUCAAACUGGAAGAGACGGAUAUUUAAAAAAAAAAAAAAAAAAAAAAAACAAAUCUAAAAAUCUAGUCAGUGAAAUGAAUGAAAAUAAACUGGAACUGUAGAAGUGAUUAAACCUGAACAUUUAAAAUUCUAGUGUUCGAUAGCUUUCUGAAGCCUUUUGAGAGCGAUGGAUAUGAUGACGGUCUACGACCUUUUUAGUCCACCCUAUCCUGUAGAAGGACAUGGAGCUGCAACAUGCUGGAAAGAUCUUACUCAGCCUGAGGAACAGAGUGAACUAGAUGUGGGAGGAGAUCCAUUGGAGGAAAUGCAAGGCGUAUAUUUGACAAAAAAAAAAACAUGGUUAGCCUGUUGAGUAACCACACAAGCAACACCAGGAUUAAGAAUGCUCUGUUGUCCUCCAAUCAGCUUUAUCCCUCCCCUCAACUCCAACCUCCCUUAUCUGUUCUCCACUAUGAUCCCUCAUGUUGUGUCUCAGACAAAUUCAGCUCAUUGCAGUGUCGUCCUUUUCAACUUUUUGUCUGGUAACGAUGGCUCUUUGGUGGUUUCUGGUUCUGGUGGGCUUCUUCUUGCUUGGCAGAGGGGUCAGAAAUUCUUUAGUUGGACACAACUUUACUACCCCCUGUAAUCACCUUACACUUCUCGGAGGUCAGGCGGGAGGGACUGAGGUCAGCAUGCAGAGAGAGAGAGAGAGAGGCGAAGACAAAGAGUGCGACAACUUCUCCGACGUGAACUUCCAUGAGGCGUUCAUUGGAACCAACCUGUACGUGCGUCUGCUCCUGUACACACGCACCAACCUGGACUGCGGCCUUGAGCUUCCUCACCACAACUUCACCAAAGUGCCGCUGUUCCAUGUGACCCGACCCACCACCUUCGUCAUCCACGGCUACCGGCCCACCGGCGCGCCCCCCAUCUGGAUCAACCACAUCACGCGGCUGCUGGCCGAGCAGGCCGACAUGAACGUCCUGGUGGUGGACUGGAACCGUGGAGCUGCCAACCUGAACUACUUCACCGCCGUGGCAAACACACGCCGCACCGCCACCAACAUCACCGCCUUCAUACGCAGGAUGACCGAUGAGGGAGCGUGUCUCGACUCGAUCCAUCUCAUAGGAGUGAGUCUGGGUGCACAUGUGGCUGGGUUUAUAGGAGCUAUGCUGGGAGGCCAAGUGGGACGAAUCACAGGUCUGGACCCCGCCGGCCCAAUGUUUGCAGGCGUGCCUCCUGAGGAGCGUCUGGAUCCGACCGACGCUCAGUUUGUAGACGUCUUACACACAGACAUGAACUCAUUUGGCCUCCAAGGAGCUAAUGGUCAUAUUGAUUUCUAUGCCAAUGGAGGACUAGACCAGCCUGGCUGCCCCAAGACCAUCUUCUCAGGAAAGUCCUACUUUGUUUGCGACCACCAGCGCUCUGUUUUUCUCUAUCUGUGCUCUCUAAACCGCACCUGUCGCCUCACUGCUUUUCCCUGCUCCACCUACACCGACUUCAUCAACGGCCAGUGCUCGCGGUGUGAGGCCUUUAAACCAGCAUCCUGCCCUGUUCUGGGAUAUGACUUGAGCCAGUGGAGGGACAGACUGUUGAAACUAGGACAGACGAAAGUCUACUUCUCGACCACAGCAGAGCCGCCAUACAGAAAGACAAGCUACAUCGUGGACACGGUUACGUGGAAUCAGUACCGGCGAUGGGGGUUAGUUAUCCUUCGCUUCCUCAACGGCAAAAACGUAACAGAGACAAGGAUCGACCAUAAGCCGCUGCGCUUCGAGCAACACACGUCCAUGCGACUGCUCGCCCAGUUUGACGAGGACUUGUAUCCGGUUCGGAAGAUCUCCUUCCGGAUCGUCACUGCAAACGUGAUCGGACCGCAAUAUAAGAUUCGCCUCCUUCGCAUUACGAUUACGCCACUGGAUUUGCCAGAGAGGCCUCCGAUGUGCCGAUACGACCUGGUCAUGGAGGAGAACAUGGACGUGACCUUUAAACCGCUCUCGUGUGACGAGUCUCAUCUGUAAGCCUUCGCAAAGUUGUCGUGUGUUACAAAGUGCGAACCAGCUGAGGAGCACGCAUGAUCUGGUGAGGAAGCACCGAAGACAACGUCGUAUUUUGGAUGAUCUCGUGCCUUUACACGAAGACAUUUUCAGUAGUUGAAAAGAUGGUCAGGUUUUACAAACCAAUCUGCAUCACAGUUUUCAUUUUGGCACUGAUGAGAUGGUUGUGGAUUUUUUUUUGCAGUGACAUUCAUGAUUUAUAGUGCAUGUACAGUAUAUAAGGAAUUGUUCCUUCUUCAUAUCCUGACCCAGAGUCUCUCACAAACUAAUUCCUGAACACGAAUCAGUUCUUGGACUUCGAAAAGUUUUAGAAGCUCCACCCAUGUACUUUGAUCUCUUUUGAACAAAACAUCAGCAUCGUGAAAGUAGAAGAGAAGCUGAUUUAGCAGCUUCUCAGCUUUAGGAUCCCAGGUUCGAUCCUGAGCUCGGGGCCUGUGUGGAGUUUCUGUGCAUGGUCAGGUGGGGUUCCUCCAGGUUCUCCUGCUUCUUUCUAUGCCAAGUAGGUGGACUGGUUAUGAAAAAUUUCCCCUAGCUGAGAAUAAGUGUCUUCUAUCCCACCACCCAGGGUAUGUCCCUGCCUUGCACCCAGAAUUCCUGGAUUAGGCUUGGGAUCCACUGCGACCAUGACCAAGAUAAAGUGCUUACUGAAGAUGAUUAUUUUUGGUCAUACUUGUGUGCCAAGAUUUAAAGGCCAAGAUUCCAUGCCAACAGUUAAAGGCAAACCAUUGUUGUGUAUAUUUAUUUCAUACAAAACUAUAUGUACAACAAUAUUACCUACACACAGUUGUUUCUCUUAAAACAGAUUAAAACACAAAGCCACAGAAAUGUACCUAAACAUAAUCUGAACAUAAGUGAACUUUAUAAUUUUUUUUUUUCAACAAAUGUAAAUGAAAUCCUUUAAUAUGAACAAUACACUCUGGACAAUUUCGUGAAUAAUGA